AUGCCACUUAAGGCAAGUACCGCUCUUGUUCGAGACGUCCUGGGCUUCGUGAAGAUGCCGGACAGUUUACGAGGUGCGUUGCUUUCCUUCAGCUUCCCUCGGCUGGACUUGGAGCAUGGGCUCGUGGAUGUCGCGCUGCAGCUUGCCAAACUCUGCAAAGACCGGCUGCCAGAAUGCAAGGCAUUCGAGGUGGAGUGGUUGCAGACUGGAAUCCUUGUGACAGAGAUGAAUAUCUUCCCUGGUGGCAGGAUAUUUUGGACCUUGAGCCGCAUCAACCACAGUUGCGCCCCCAACUGUGUCUUCACCAAUUCUCCUGGUCGCUGGGGUCUUCGCACCUUGCGACCCAUUGCCAAGGGGGAGGAGCUUACUAUCUCCUAUUUGGGUGAAGAGCUGCUGCUACCUACCAGUCAGCGCAAGUGGCUGCUCUGGCGCUCCAAGUGUUUCGUUUGCCAAUGCCUGCGCUGCACCAGCACGGAGGACCCCUUGAGGGAUCGCGCCUGCGCCUGUCUUGGCCGGGCACCUCGAAAGUGGCACGUGGUGAACAAGCCUGCGGUCUGGCAGCGUGCUGACCCCUCGACCAAGAGCCGUGCUGUUGCCUUGUUGAAGGAAGGCACCGAGUUCGACUCGACAGGGGAGCUCAGGAGCACGGCUGAGGGCUUGUGGGUGCAGAUCGAGGAGUGUGAGACAAAUGCGCAACAUUCUGGAUGGGUUUUGGUUGAUGGAGCGGCGCUGGGAUUGGGUCGCCUGGUUGAGCCCAGCGAGGGCAAGCUGCCUCUGCCGCCGUCGCACGCCGGCAUCAUCCCAGGAGAGUUGCGGAACCGCUUCCAAAAGCGGGCGCUUGGAUCCCGACUAGGUGCAAGCGCCAAUUGGUACGACCAGUACAAGCUGGAGAGUCAUGUGCUUCCUGCGGCCAGCGCGGCUGCACGGUGGAGGCAGAACAGCGGCGACGACCAGGAUCCAGGGAGUGAAGUUGGCCUCCCAGCCGGCUGGGCCCGACUCCAAGGGGAGCGAUGGUGCUGCAGCUGUGGAGCAAGCACGGGAGCGAUGGCUGCAGAAAAGGAGUUGUCCGAAGUUGCUCAGCGGGUCUACGCGCUGUCCCUGCCAGACCAGAAGCGGGCUUCGAAUGCAGGAGUGCGAGGUCUGGCUCUGCCAGAGGAGAGUUUCGUCUUGUCAGCACUUCGCUUGGCAGACGAUGCAGGGAGUCUCUUUGGUCGGCGACACUGGAUAUGGCAGUGGGGCCUCCUCUUUGCCGUGGACUUGGAUCUAUCCCUUGUCAGGUACACCUAUAUGCAAUGGGAUGCAGCGCUUGCUUCGGAAACCGCCGGGAUGCUCCUCGAGGUGUGGGAUUGGCUUACUUCUCUUGGCCUUUCACAGGAGCCGUCUCUGUUUCUUCACAGCCGCGGACAGCGAUUGGCAAAGGAAAUGGAAGGGGUGACACCCACCGGCAGUGCCAAGGAGCGCUUUCGGGAGCUACAAGUAGAACUCCGCAGACGGCUAGAAGCCUCAACUCCCUCAGUCAGUUUGCUUCCGCCUCGGGAAUUCAUCCCUGGAACCCUGUUCAUUGCGCAUUAG